AUGACUGGGGUCCGGGGGUGUUCCGGCCUAGAUCCUAAUACUUUGGGCGAUAUUGCUCCAGAAUUGAACACCGGCAAGACCGGCUGCCCCGUCGUGCAGCACCCGGGAAUGCAUGGCGGCGCGGAGCCUACAAUUGGUGUCCAGCUGGUUGCAGACGUUUGCAGCGGCAAAAACGCACACACCAUCGGUGCAGGGACGCUGCGGCCGAUGCGGCCGGGGAUGCUGGGCCUCUACUUCCGACUGCGGUCGUCGGCCUGGGCCCUUCGCAGUCGACGCAGCUGCCCUCCACCCGGUCGAGGUCUUGCCGGAUUCUAUCACUGCCAAGCAGAGGCUCACGGGCGUAUGACUCUUGACGCUCGACGGCCGUACCUACAAGUCAAAGAUCUUGCCUGUUGA